AUGGCACGCUUCGGACCAAUUGUGCUCCUCUCCAUCGCAGGUCUGGUUUCGGCGUUCAAUGGUCAGCAACCCUUGAUCGAUAAGGAGGCAUCUUCCAGCGGCAAAUCGCUGGUCGACACCGAACUGCUGCAGUCGAAGAUUGACGGCGACAAACUGCUUGCGAGGGCCGAGGAUCUUUACAAGCUCGCCGAAUUGAGCUGGCACGAAUACAAUCGCCCUACCAGAGUCAUAGGCGAUGCUGGCCAUGCCGCUACUCUCGACUACAUAUGGGCCACUCUGUCCAAGCUUGGAAGCUAUUACCACGUCUCGCAGCAGACAUUUCCUGCCGUUCUUGGAUACGUGUCGGAGUCCCGGCUCGUCCUUGAUGAUGAAGUGAUCAAAAAUGCGUCCGCUAUGAGCCUCACGCCGCCAACCAAGGACCACGAGCCGGUACAGGGCGAUCUCAUACUGGUUGAGAACAGCGGUUGUGAAGCGUCUGACUAUCCGAGCUCAGUCAGAGGCAAUAUUGCUUUCAUCCAGAGAGGACAGUGCGCAUUUGGUAACAAGUCCUCUCUGGCUGGUCAAGCAGGUGCAGUCGCUGCAGUCAUAUACAACAACGAAAACGGUCUCUUUGGAGGGACACUAGGAGAACCCGACGCGGACCACAUCGCCUCAUUCAGCAUCUCUUUGGAGGAAGCCAAGCCAUACAUUGAGCAGCUUCAGGAUGGACGUUCUGUCAGUGUCAUCGCAUACAUUGACGCCGAGGUCAAGACUAUCGGGACCAACAACAUCAUCGCCGAGACUGUUCAAGGUGACAAAGAUAACUGUGUGAUGCUUGGCGCUCACUCUGACAGUGUUGAAGCUGGCCCUGGUAUCAACGAUGAUGGCUCUGGCACGCUGUCAUUGCUUGAAGUGGCGACAGCGCUGACCGAAUUCAGUGUGAACAACUGUGUACGCUUUGCCUGGUGGGCUGGCGAAGAAGAAGGUCUCCUUGGAUCGAAUUACUACGCAGCGACACUUGCGCCAGAGGAGAACCGGAAAGUCCGACUAUUCAUGGACUACGACAUGAUGGGCAGUCCAAACUUCGCAUACCAGGUCUAUAAUGCUACCAAUGAUGAAAAUCCAGCUGGGUCCGAAGAGCUCCGAGACCUUUACGUUGACUGGUACAAGAAACAUGGUCUCAACUAUACAUUCAUCCCAUUCGACGGCCGCAGCGAUUACGAUGGAUUCAUUCGCGCUGGUAUUCCAGCCGGAGGCGUGGCUACUGGCGCAGAAGGAGUCAAGACUAAGGAGGAGGCUAGAGAGUUUGGUGGCAAAGCUGGAGACUGGUACGAUCCAUGCUACCAUCAGCUCUGCGACGACGUGGGCAAUGUCAAUAUGACAGCAUGGGUUGUGAACACCAAGCUGAUCGCUCAUUCCGUCGCCACUUAUGCUGCAUCUUUUGAAGGAUUCCCAGAAAGAGAAACGGAGGCCAACAUCUACGGCACACCGACGGAGUAUGGUUCGAAGCACAAGUAUCGCGGAAGCAAGCUCUUUAUAUAAGUGCUUCAGCGAUGAGUUCUGCAAUUACACAUAUAGAUCUUCCUGCGCUUCGACACAGAGGACUGUGUUGACGAGGCCUUACAAGCCACAGGCAUGAAGGCUUGUGCCCGGUUUAUCUCUAUACAGUACAUAUAUGGCGUAUGCGAUAAUGAUAGACAUUG